AUGGCACCAACCGAAUCCGACAUCCUGAAGCACUACCUCCUCCUCCCAGCGCCUCUUACAUCCAUCCAGACCCUCGACCAGUUCCGCGCCCUCUUCCCACGCUCGUGGCAAGCGCACCCCCAAGUCCGCCUCCUCUUCCGCGACCUCCAAGCCCAGCGCAACAUCGUCAUCAACACCGUCACAGAGAACAUUGAUGACGAGGCACGACGCGGCGUAGCCAUGCGCCGGGAGGUACUUCGCGUAGCGCUGGAGGAAAGCAGGGACGACGACGGCGACGCAGAGGUUGACAUUGAGAGAGCGCUCUUUGGGAACAAGUCGGGCGCCAAACGCUCCAAAUAUACCCUCCACACCGUGAUUCCAGAUCUCCAUGGCGCCGCGGCAGCCAUGCAGUCCGAGAUGCAGCGACUCGAGGACGAAGAGGCCGAGCUUGUCGCUUCCAUACGCCAGACCAUUGAGGACCUGAGCGAUCUGCAGUACGGCAAAUUGUCUAAUCCCCAGCUCAAUAAGGACGUGUUGGAGGGCCUGGCCUCCUUGCAGGAUGCGUGCGCGAGCAAGACGUAA